GUGAAGCCCCUGUCAUGAUUAUUAUUAUUAUUUUACAAAGCUAAUCAGCUCCAGGAGAGAACUUGUGGGAAUGAACCUGAGCGAGACAUACCGUAGGGCCCAAAUCAUCAAAACCGCAACUUGUUCUGAAUACCACGGACUUACAGAUCUUAGUGCAAAGCACAGUCAAAGACGUACGUAGUGCUACAAGCCGUUUUCUCCUUUCUUUCUUACCCAACUGUCCGUAGAAUUUGGCCGACUCCUUUACAGUUCUGAGAACUGGGGUUCAAAUCCCAGACCCGACUGUGUGGAGUUUGCACGUUCUUCCCGUGAGCUCCAUCAGUUUCUCCAGGCGCUCCGCUUUCCUCCCACAUCUCCAAUACAGGCGUUCGGUUGACUCUUGACUCCAAAUUGCCCGUCGGUGUGAUUACGAGUGCGAACGGUCGUUUGUUUCUAUGUCCCCUGCGAUUGGUUGGCGACCAGUUCAGGGGCCCUUCAUUUAUUGCCCAAAGACAGCUGGGAUAGGAUCCACAAAUCCUGCGACCCUUGUAAGGAUAAGCAGCUAAGAAAAUGGAUGAUAAUGCUACAGACGAAUCAAAGGAACAUGCUAAUAGUUAGCAUACUAGCACCUUUUUGUCUAUCUGCCGUUGUUGUAGCUUAUUCUCGAAGUGCAACUGCCUAGUUUGUUUGGUUAGCUUGAACGAGGUGGCCAACUUUUCAAUUAGCGAACUAUUUAAAAUGCAAACGAUGCUGUAGAAAGUCAACAUUUCAGUCCAACGUUUAAAUCUACAGUACGGCAAUCGAUAUAAUGCAGCUAGCGAAAGGAAAAUGGCUCUUGAAUAUUGACGUAAUUAUUCACACUCAUCAUCUGUUGCGUACAAAUGCGAACUUACUUUUUGUGGACUUUACCGUACCGCGUCGUGUAGUGGGCAGUACCAGCUCCGAGGACGAAACCACACCGAGAAACAAAGCCGAGAAGACGUCCGAGGCCGCCUUGGAAUUUUGUGUUAAAAACAUCCAGCAGGCUGAUUUCGGACGUCGGGAAAUCUGCGUCGCAGAGCGAGAGAUGCCCGCUUUGAUGGUCCUGAGGAAGAAAGCGGGAGGGGAGAAACCUCUGGCGGGGGCCAAAGUGGUCGGCUGCACGCACGUCACCGCGCAGACGGCGGUUCUCGUGGAGACUUUGUCGGCGCUGGGAGCUCAGUGCCGCUGGGCCGCGUGCAACAUCUUCUCCACCCAGAAUGCCGUCGCCGCGGCGCUUGCCAAGGGAGGGAUCUCCGUGUUCGCUUGGCGCGGGGAGUCGGAAGACGACUUCUGGUGGUGCAUCGACCGUUGCGUCGGCGCUGAUAUCUGGCAACCCGAUCUGAUUCUGGACGACGGCGGCGACCUGACCCACUGGAUCUACAGGAAGUACCCGAACCUGUUCAAAAAAAUACGAGGCAUCGUGGAAGAAAGCGUCACGGGGGUUUACCGUUUGUACCAGCUGGCCAAGGCGGGCAACUUGUGCGUUCCCGCCAUUAACGUCAACGACUCGGUGAUCAAGCAGAAGUUCGACAAUUUGUACUGUUGCAAGGAGUCCAUAUUGGAUGGGUUGAAGAGAACCACGGACGUCAUGUUUGGCGGCAAGCGGGUUCUGGUGUGCGGCUACGGCGAGGUGGGCAAAGGUUGCAGCGCCGCCCUCAAAGCGUUGGGGGCCGUCGUGUACGUGACAGAAGUGGACCCCAUCUGCGCCCUCCAGGCCUGCAUGGACGGCUUCAGAGUGGUCCAGACCGGCGAGGUGGUCCGGCUGGUUGACGUGGUCAUCACCUGCACAGGUAAUAAACACGUGGUGGGUCGGCAACAUCUGGACGCGAUGAAGAACGGCUGCAUCGUCUGCAACAUGGGACACGCCAACACAGAGAUAGACCUGGCGAGCCUCCGCACCGCCGAGCUGCGCUGGGAACGCGUCAGGCCUCAGGUGGACCACGUCGUCUGGCCCGACGGGAGGAGGAUCGUUCUGCUGGCUGAGGGGGGUCUGCUGAAUCUGAGCUGCUCCACCGUCCCCCCCCUCGUCCUCUCCGUCACUGCCGCCACUCAGGCUCUGGCCCUCAUCGAGCUGCACAACGCCCCGGAAGGACGAUACCAACAGGACGUGUACCUGCUGCCGAAGAAGAUGGACGAAUACGUGGCCGGUCUUCACCUUCCCGCCUUCGGCGCUCACCUCAGCGAGCUGACGGACGAGCAGACCAAAUAUUUGGGCAUCAGCAAGCACGGACCCUUCAAGCCCAAUUAUUACAGGUAUUGACCCCGCCGGACCCCGAGGACUUCCUCUUUCUGUUAUGAUUCUGAAUAUUGAAUCAAAAGCUACUACUGCAAAC